GUUGUUUGAUACUCGUUUCCGCCAAAAUGUUCAACUGGGCAAAGCAGCAGCUGGCCAACGUCGCCGGCACCCAAGAGCCCAUCUAUGGCCCGACUGCCAUCAAGACCGUGGCCCAGGAGGCCAAGGAGACGGGAACUCCUUACACCGAGUUGACCAGAGCCGACCACAAGUGGCUGGCGAUGGACUCGACAUGUGUCGAGAACCAAGUCUUUUACAUCUUCGCCGAGGACGGCACCAUUGCCCUUUGCCAGGUCAUCUAUAGCAACGUCGCCGGCCUUAAGGUAACCUGCCAGUUCAAUACCAAGAUCUUCUCCCGUGAUCCGGCGAAGCCGCACCUCUGGUGCUCGAACCCCCUCAGCAACGUCGGCUUCAGCGAGGACAAGACAUCCUUCUACGCCGAUGACUGCGCCGUCGAGCUGUCCGAGGACGGCAACUCAUACACGAUCAAGAGCAUGAAUGACGAGCGGGCCCUUGUCAACGUCAAGAUCACCAAGACCGCGCCCGGCUUCCAUGCCGGCAAGACGGGCACCUCGCUGUAUGGCACAGAUCUCAAGAACCCUUGGGGCUCGAUGCGUCACGCAUUCUGGCCACGCUGUGCGGCCGAGGGCACCAUUACCACCAAGGACGGCCCCGUGGACCUCAAGGGCAAGGCCAUCUACAUCUACGCUCUACAGGGCAUGAAGCCGCACCACGCCGCCGCGCGGUGGAACUUUGCCAACUUCCAGGGCCCGAACCACACUGCCAUCAUGAUGGAGUUUGUCACUCCUCCAUCCUAUGGCAACACCACGGUCAACGUCGGCGCCCUCGUCAAGGACGGGGAACUGAUUGGCGUCAGCACCGAGAACAACAAGGCCACGCACAAGGCCACCAAGAAGGACACCACCAGCGACUGGCCCGAACCCACACAGGUGCAAUUCGACUGGUCCGUGACCAGCAAGGACGGCAAGCCUGUGACGGCCACCAUCGAUGCUGCCCUGGGCGAGCGGGUCGACAGGGUUGACGUCAUGGCCGAGGUGCCCGGAUUCGUCAAGACGAUCGUGGCAGCGGCCGCCGGAACGAAGCCCUACAUUUACCAGUACGCUCCCAAGGCUACCUUGAAGCUCAAGGUUGGCGACGAGGAGAUUAGCGAGGAUGGCCAGCUCUUCACGGAGGCCACUUUCAUCUCUGACCUCGCUGCUUCUGGCUAA